CAAGUCAAUGUCUGAAUCAAAAAGACUCACAUCAAACAAGCCUAGUUUUUAGAGUAAAAAGAAUCAACUUUACGAAAUAAAGGAGAAGCCAAGAAAAUGGGGAAGCAGGACGAAAGCAACGCGAUAUUCUAUUUGACAUUCGUUAUAAUAUUCAUAUGCGGCAUUUUGAUAUGGUAUUUUUCGGGCUUCAAUCACGAGGUGGUAAAGGUCAAAUUGAUUCUGGUGUCCUUCCUGGCAGUCGUCCUGGUUCACAGCAUCGUCAUAACGCCCAUCAGGUUCAUUAUAUUGGCCAUCGAUGCCGCUUCGUUUCCAGCUGCUCAGGCGGCCGUGAUUCCCGAUAAAAGGGCCAGGGCUGAGACGUUACUGGAGAGCCUUAGAUUCCGGCUUCAAAUGCUGCGCAGUGAGCUGUUGAUCACGGAGAGCCAUCGCAAUGAGGAACUGAACCUGAAGUACCAAACGAUUACCCAGGAACUCAAGCGAAUGGGCAUGCUGUUUCUGAGCUCGUUGCUUUUGAAUGUGGAGCGGGCUGAGGAUCAAUGGGUAUAUUUUAACACCGCCAACAUGCGGUCCCUUUUCGACUACAAUCACACCUCUACCUUGGGGCUUUCCAAUGCGAUCGUCCUGCCGAACAUAUAUGACUUUAUUGAACUUUCGCUAAUCAUUCCAUUCACGGACACGGAUGCGAAAAGUGGUGGCAGUCCGUGGGUACAUGCGGAGGGGACUAGAUUGCUGGGAGUGGUGAGACUGAGGCAAGUGAGAACCAGGAACAGGGACGGGGGACUGCAAAAUCCCGAAUUCGACAAUGAGGACUACUCCGAAGGAUGGACAUUGCCGUACCAAAGGGAAUCGUACACGGACAAGUUCUGGCCGAUCUACCAGCCGUGGGUGUCGCGUGUUCCCAAUAUUCAGGACCGCAUUAUUCUGAGCGUCAGGCACCGUGGCGGCUUUAUCUACUAUCCGGAAAUUACGGGCUACGAGAACCUCCUCUGCGACACCCGAGCCAAGAGCAUGAUGGUGCUGAAUUACCUAAAGGACCACAAGUGGCUGGACUUGAAUACGUCGGCGCUGUUCAUGGACUUCACUCUCUAUAGUGCGGAUGCGAACCUCUUCAGCGUCUGCACACUGUGGUUGGAGCAGUUCCCGUUUGGGGGAAUCAAAACGCACCUGAAGAUCGAGAGCUCCCGGUUUCUGGAGGGAGUGAGUGAGCUGUCGGGCUAUGGAGUGUUUACUCUGUAUUUCUUCGCCAUCACCUGGUUGAUAUAUGCCAAGGCCUUCUGGGUUAAGGUGUGGUACGAGCCCAAACAGCUGAAGAACCCCUGGAUGAUAGUGGAUGCCUUGAUCCUGAUACUCAGCUCGCUGGUUGUGGUGGCCCGUGGAGUGCGGGACAACAUGGUCCGAGGAAUGAUCCGAAGAGUGGAAAUCUCUGUAAUGGUCGAUUUUAUCAACUUCAGAGAGCCGGCAAUGCUGUCCUACCUCUGCAAGAUACUGGAAGGAUUUUCUAUGGCCCUGAUCACGAUGCGUCUGUGGAAGGCGAUGCAGUUUAGCAGCACCUUCCAGCUAUUUACGACCACGCUUUUCACGGCCAAGAGAGAUCUUCUUUGGACGAUCAUGGUGACACUGAUAUUUCUAUCCGCCACGGGAACUGCAGCUGUCACCAUCAAUGGCAGUAACGCCAUUCAGUUUAGCACUGUCCUGAAGGGAAUCAUUUCUCUCACCUGCUUUGCCUUUGGCUUCAGCAGCCACGUGGAGCCGGCAGAUCUCUUCUACGGCGGAAAGUGUGUUGGAAUUAUGCUGUACGGAAUUCUGGCCUUUGUGGUCAAGAUGCUGCUCGUCAAUAUUAUUGUCUCCAUUCUAGAGAAUCAGAUGGCACAAGUCAAGGGCCUAAGGGAUAAAGACCAAAAGAGUGUAAACAGUCAUUUGACUUACUGCCAGUUCCUGCGCGUAGAGUACGCGUACGUUAUUAAUUUUUUCAGGAAAUUCUUCAGCUGGAGAUUGAAAUAUUUGCCAAGGGGCCGCACUGUUGCCGAGAAUAUUCAACGUGAACUUAACGAACAGCGGAGAAAUGCAAAAAAGAGCCGUAGUACGUUUUACAUUCGAGACCAACGCGAAACAGACGAAAGUCUCAUUCAACUAAGAUAUAGGGAGCGAAUUGAGAAAACUAUAACUAUAACGGCCAUCCUGCAAACCCAAAUGGACCUGAUCGAGCGGUUGAUGUUCGGGGAUGACGAAGGCAAUCUACCACCUCUCGGGGAGAACGAGAGUCCUGGCACAUCUGGUCAAAAUCAGAAAACUGAAAAUAAACAAUAACAAAAAUAGAUAAAUAUAAUUUGACUUAAUGUGAUUAAUCUGUGAG